AACCUCAUGUGAGGCGAAUAACGGUGACACGGUGUGAGGCUUUUGCAAUCUACUCUAAGCCUCUCAGGAUCAUUAUAUAAUGCGGUCCGAUGGAGCUAGUUCAGUCAUCCUUAACUAGAAUUUUCUCCGCCACUCCACCGUUAAGUCCCCAUGAGGAUUUGUCCAGCGCUUCUGUGCUGCUUGGUGUCCUUGCUGUUUGCUGCGAGGUUCUGCCAGGGAGAUGAGGACAACGUUGAGGUUCUUGGCAUAGGAGAAUGUGCAGAUUGUGAACGGAAUCACAUUGAUGCCAAGCAAGCCUUUUCAGGGAUUCGCGUGUCAAUCGAUUGCCUCACGCCCAAAGGAGAAUACAAGAGAAGAGGAGUAGGAGAACUGAAUGAAGAAGGGAAGUUCAAAGUACUGCUUCCUCCUGAGAUCUUAGUAGACGGGAAGUCAAAAGAAGAAUGCUAUGCACAGCUUCACAGUGCAGCGGAGACACCGUGUCCCUCUUAUGGCGGUCCCAAGUCCUCCAAGAUAGUUUUCAAGUCCAUUACUCAUGGAAAACAUACUUACGGGUUGGCCGAUAAGCUAAAGUUUUCCCCAGUAACGUGCGCUUCUGCCUUCUUGUUGCCUCACUUCAAGCACCCAUUGCCUAAGUUAAAACCACCUGUGAAGGGUUUCGGUCAUCCACUAUUCCCUCCAAAGAAGCUUCCUCCUCUCCCGCCGAAGGUCUUCCCUCCUAUAUAUAAGAAGCCUCUCCCUCCACUUGUACCGAUAUAUAAGAAACCGCUUCCACCACUGAUACCGAAAUACAAGAAGCCCCUUCUGCCACCAAUACCAGUGUACAAGAAGCCAAUUCUUCCAUUUGUCCCUAAAUUCAAGAAACCACUUCCUCCGCCGAUACCGAUAUUCAAGAAGCCUCUCCCACCUCCCAUCCCUGUUUUCAAGAAGCCGCUGCCACCGCCUUUCCCGUUCGUCAAGCCCCCUCCUCCAUUCUAUAAAAAGCCGUUCCCCAAGAUCCCUCCCAAGCAACCCGAUUUUAAACAGUUGCCUCCCUUUGUUUCGCAUCCUUAAAAGAGUGUUGAAACAUGAUCCUCAGGUGUACGAGGAGGAACUUCGUUCGAUGAAAUGAAGGCCGAUUUGAGAGUUUUCGCUCCUGCAAUGAUGCCUUAAUAAUAGGAGCACUGUUAGUUGUGUUGUUGGAGAAUCAUGAGAUGAGAGGAUGAGUGAAUAGCAAAAACCAGUGUACUGUUGUUACUUAUUUAUGCCAAUAAUGAGUUGUCUGUGUGUGUGACU